AUGCGCGUAGGCUGUGUCGAAAUUGAACGGAUGGGUCUGUUGCAGCUCAAGUCGUAUCUCAACUCUUUUAGUAGUUACAAAGAUGAAAAUAUUCUCAAGUCAUGGAGUGAUGAUGAUCCUAAGAGUGACUGCUGCAACUGGGAGAGAGUAAAGUGCAGUGACGAUAUCGGUGGCCACACCGUCGGUCUCUCACUUUAUGAAAUCAUGUUCGACUCGAAUUUCUAUCAACCUCAUGGGUUUAAUCUUACUUUGCUCCAUAGCUUCCCUCAACUCAAAACCCUUAACUUUUCAUAUAAUUGGUGCGAUCACUUGUUUGAUCCCAUCCAUGGUUAUAAGAGCUUUCAGAAACUUGAGAAGCUGGAGACCCUAGAUUUGUCAAGAAAUAAUUUCAACAACAGUGUUCUCCCUUUUCUGAGUGCAGCAAGGUCACUAAGGAUUCUAAAUCUUCGUAGCAAUUCACUAGAAGGUGUCUUUCAUCCGAACGGUUUAAUCAACUUCAAGGAGUUGGAAGUCUUGGAUCUAAGUAACAAUAAUAUAAACGACUUUGAGGCUGGUGACGGGUUAAUAAAAUCGAAGCUGAAAACAUUGCAUCUUAGCGGUAUCAGAUUCUCAGACACUGCCCUGCUUAAAGGUUUGGAACAUCUUGUAGAGUUAGAAGUCUUAAGCUUGGCAUACAAUCAAUUCAACCACACUCGAGCUUAUCAAGUACUCAAGGACAUGCCAAAGUUGCAAGAACUAGAUCUAACUGGCAAUGGAUUCACCGACUUAGACAGUUUAGGUAAGAUGAUGAUCAAGAGAGAAAAACUCGCUUGCUCUUAG